AACAGAAACGAAGGAACAGGCCGUAACAAGUCUGAUGUGACUGCCAAGUGUCGGUGGCAGUUUCCACAAGAAGUGGAUAGUGAGCUACCCAAAAUGAGAGAAUAAAUGAGUGAACGGAUGAGAAUUUAGAGUGCCCAUUUUAUUUCCCUGCUUUUGCUCUCCCGUAGCCCAGUUUCUUGAGGCGGCUAUUAGUUUUUUAAUUUUGGGCAUCAACAAGUAUUUAGAGUGAAAGAUAAAUCAUUUGGAAGGGAGGGCACCCACCCACAUGAGCAAAUUGGGAUUUACACAAUGAUUAAUUGGUUGACUCGAUCUGGAAGAAGAAGAACAAGGGAGAAUGAAUAAUUGGUUUAUGAUAUAAAUCAGCUUUAAGCUUUUUGGUUACCCAGAUCGAUUGGGGUUAUUUAAUCAUUUUGAGCAUUAUUGUUGUUGGUGUUGUGGUGGUGAUGAUGAGGAGAUCAGGAUCUAAGAACCCCAUGGGUGGUAGUAUUACUGGUGGUAGCUCAGCUAAGAGAGAUGCAGAUGCAAUAGAAUGGGAGAUGAGGCCUGGUGGAAUGUUGGUUCAGAAGCGAGAUCCCAAUGCUGAUCCUGCAUUGAAGCCUCCUCCCAAUGCUAAAUUGAGAGUAACCUAUGGUUCUGCUCGGCUUGAAGUCUCCAUCAAUCUACAGACUACUUUUGGUGAGUUGAAGAAACUGCUUGCUGUAGAGACAGGAUUGCAGCCUAAUGAGCAGAGGCUUAUAUUCAAAGGAAAAGAAAGGGACACUAGCGAUUUCUUAGAUAUAUCAGGGGUGAAAGAGAAGUCGAAGAUUGUGCUCAUUGAGGAUCCUUCAAGUAGGGAAAGAAAGUACAUAGAGAUGAAAAGAAAUGCAAAGAUUGAGAUGGCUUGCAAAGCAAUUUCUGAAAUUUGUGGAGAAGUGGAUAAACUUGCAGAGCAGGUGUCCGUUCUUGAAGGAUUAGUGAACAAUGGGAAGAAAGUAGUAGAAAAUGAUAUAACAGCACUUACCGAGUUCCUUAUGAGACAGCUAGUAAAGCUAGAUGGUAUUACCGCUGAUGGGGAUGCCAAAGUGCAAAGAAGACUACAGGUUAGGAGAGUACAAAAGUGCAUCGAGACUUUGGAUGCUAUGAAAGUUCGCAAUGCCAUGCCAAAGUCAUUGCUUGAUCACCCUGUAGUGACAACAAAGUGGGAGACAUUUGAGUCUGUACCUCCAAAUUCAACAUCAUCAGCCACACCAAAGUGGGAGCUCUUUGAUUAAGCAUGAGGAGAAUAUGCAUUAUACCUUAGCAACUGUAUUCCAUGUAUCGGUACUUAGGGUUUCCCCAAUAUUCUUAUUGUGAAUUGUUACUUGUAUCCAUUCUGAUUUGUAUUCUCAUGAAAUAAACAAGAAUAGCCUGCUUGCCUCCUAAUAGUAUGGAGAUGGAGGUAAACAUAUUGUUUCUGGCAGCACAUAUCUUUGGUAUUAGAUUUGAAGCAUCUCUCAUAGGAUCUGCAAUAUUUGCUACUAUAUGGGCCAGCAUUCAGACUUGAGAAGGCAUAAAAUGCGUGUGGAAACUUUGCAUGUGAAGAGUGCACUUCAACAUUGAUUCUAGCAUCAUUGGUUCGAGUAAGUUGGCUCAGAGAGAGGGCUCAAAGGUGCCGUUGAUAUCCCUAGUCGUCCUACCAUUAGGAAUGUUGCUUAUUUUUACUUCAUUAAAAUCCAAAAUGCAAUCCAUCAUGUAAUUAGAGAUAUGAAGUGAUGUAUGUCCGAGAUCUAAUCUAAUAGAUUAGAGGACAAUAUCCAAAUCUGAUGUGGAUUACAGGACAUUAAUAACUUGGAUUGAAUGUGGAGUGAUGUAUAAAACAUGUGAUUUUUUUGGGAUGCUGAAGAAUUUCUUAGUGCUGA